AUGCCAUCUCUGCUCCCCGACACAUCUACCGCGCCAUCUUCGGCGCUCAACACACCCGACGCGAGCAGCGACGUCGAGUCUCGCGUGGUGACGGAGGGGAAAAGCGCGUCUGCCAAAAAGGCCGCAGGUGACGCGACUGAGAAUGGGAGAAAAGAGGUGGACAGGGCGAAAAUGCCUCCUCCGCCUCUGCCUAUCAAGGGGACUUCUGCAGCCGCUCCGCGAAUGGCGCGUAUGCCUUCUCUAUCCGAAAUCACCUCACACCUUCACAUUCCCACUUCCACCAUUUCGCCCAAAACCCCUCCUCGCUUGGCGGUCAAUACCAAUCCCACCACCGUGCCGUCCUCGUCGGCCGCAUUGGGCUCUGCGCUCGGCUCGGCUCCCUCGCCAUAUACUGCCAGCCCAUCCGGCCGGCUCAAGCUCCCCGCUAGCGCAAUGAUGCGAACGCGCAGUGGAUCUUCUUCGCAGGUAGUCACACUGGCAUCUCUGGCCAAGAUGGAGCGGACCGGAUCGAGCGAUGGACAAGGUACGCCCAAAUCAGCUCUCCCGGAUAGCGCAAAGAACAGCCCGCUGGCCGGGACGGACGCGGCGAGCCCUCAGCCGGAUAGCGCUACGCACAGUCGACAGGCGAGCAGGGAGUACGUCGAGGGGUACAAGGACGUCCCGAGUCUCGCUGCGAUCCGGCAGCGGAUCAACUAUGCUCAGGGUCCAGGGGCGGGGGAUGACAAGGACAAGGAUAAGGCUCAGGUGCCGGCGCCGAGCCAGAAGGGGAAGAAGCACGAUGAGGAGGACGAUUUGGAGACGGUCGAGACAUUGUUGGAGGACGACAAGGGGGAGGAUAUUGCGCUGGGGACUGCCAGUACGAGCGCUACGAUUGAGGCGGAGCUGCGGACGAGUAAGGGGCAACAGCAUAUGCUCCAACAUCCUUGGACAAUGUACUUUGACGCAAAGAGCUAUAUGCCACCAGUCGAGCAGUCGGCAGGGAAGGAUGGAGGAGGUGACUAUGAGAAGUCAUUGCUGCGUGUUGGGAGAAUAGACUCGGUUGAGGCAUUUGCCAGGCAUAUGAACAAUCUCCGCCUGCCGUCUGUACUGAAGCCCAACUCGAACUACCAUCUGUUCAAGGGCGAUAUCCGGCCGAUGUGGGAAGAUCCCGCGAACCAUGCCGGAGGGAAAUGGGUCAUUCUCUUCCGCCAAUGUCCGCACCUCUUCGAUAUCGCCUGGGCCAACUUGACAAUGGGCCUCAUCGGCCAAAUGCUCGAUGCAGAGGACGGCGUCUGCGGCAUCGUAGCGAGCAACAAACCUCGUGCUCAUCGCCUGCAAAUCUGGACGAGGGAUCGGGAGAAUGUGGAAAUUCUGAAUGUGCUGGGGCAGCGGAUCCUGGAUAUGAUGAAGGUGGAGAAGAGUGAGAUGGAGGGCAUUUCGUUCGAAUACCAGUAUAAUGCGUCGGACGCCUACCCGCCCGCCAACGCCUUCAUCAACAUCUCCUUUGCCUCUCGCGGCUUCACGCCAUCGACCCCGUCUAGGCUCGGCAUGACAGCGUCGCCCAGUCUCAACUUCCCUUCACCGGCUGGAUCGGGAACUUCCCACCUCUCCCCGGCGCUGAGCUCCGCCAAUCCCUCGCCUACCCCCUCAACCCACCCGCUCCCCCUUCAUCCUCGACCCGGAAACCUCACUAUCAACGUCAUACCCCAACAUCAAGGCUCCUCCCCGCUUCGCGGCGAAAACCGCCCGGUCUCGCCAAUGAUCACCCCCACGCCCUCGCCGAAGCUAGCGCACCAUCUCCCCCGUCCGCCCAAUUCAGAGACGAUUAAGGCAUCGACACUGUCCCCGUCCAUGUCGUCUCCCUCCCUGUCUGGAGGCACAGGCAUGAAACGCCUAGGUAGUGGGCAAGGGAGCAAUGCUUUUGCAGGACCGAUGGUCGGUUCGCGUAGUCCCCGAGCGGAGCCGGCACGAUUGGCUGGUGUCUAG